AUGGAUCUACAAAAAAGUGUGUUAUUGAACAACUUGAAAAAAGCCCAAGAAUUAUUAGGAACCGAUGAAAAUGAUGAGUAUCAUGAAGGUGAAAACGAGGAAGAUUUUGUAGGUGAUUUACCUAGCUUUACCAAUAAUGCUAAGAAACAACCGAAAUCAUCCUUUAACAGUGGAAAAAAUUUACCUUCUGAAACAGCAUUACCCCAAUGGAAUGAUUUUUUACAACAUAGAAAUGUUUUUACAAUAAAUAAUCACAGAUUUAAUUAUUUUUACUCAUUGUUUGAUACAAAUGCAAUAGAGAAUUGCAAAAGUAUACCUGUUUUUAUUUUUCAUCAUGGAGCUGGAUCAUCCGCUCUAACAUUUGCAAUGCUAAUCAAAAUUUUACAAGAGAAAUACGCUGGAGCUUGUGCUUGCUUUACAUUUGAUGCAAGAGGUCAUGGCGGAACCCAAUUUAUCGAUGAUUCCGUGGAUACUUACUCCUUGAAUGAUUUUGUUGAUGAUUUCAAUGCUAACAUUGAAAAUUUUAUUGACAAUCAUUUAAAACCUUGUAGUCCGGCUAGCUUAGAAAAAAUAUCUAUAACUUUGGUAGGUCACUCGCUAGGUGGGAGUAUCUGUACCAAUGUUUUUCCCAUAUUGAAAGAUAAUAUUAAAAAUAAGGUCGUAGGGGUUUGCAUGCUCGACAUUGUGGAAGAAGCAGCCAUUUUGGCUUUGGAUAGAAUGGAACUUUUUUUGCAAACCACACCGUUCAACUUCAAUAAUAUGAAGGAUGCUAUAUCCUGGCAUGUCAAUAGAGGGAUGCCUAAUGACAAACCAAGUGCCGAAAUAUCAAUACCACCAUUAUUCAAACAAGAUAUUAUAUCGGGAGGAGUUUCAAGAGUCACUGACUUAAGUUUUUUUACAAGUUAUUGGAGUACAUGGUUUAAGGGAUUAUCUUCCAAAUUUGUUGAUUUGAAAACUAGUAAAUUAUUAAUAUUGGCAGGUAAUGAUAAUCUAGAUAAAGAUUUGAUUGUAGGACAGAUGCAAGGGAAAUAUCAACUAGUAAUUUUCCAAGAAUCUGGCCAUUUCAUUCAAGAGGAUAAUUCCUUGAAAACUGCAAUCACUUUGAUGGAUUUCAUGCAUAGAAAUGAUAACAAGAACGUUGUUAUUAAAACAAAUUGGGGUGCCCACAAGUAG